UUGCCUCCGUCCCAGGGGGCAUUGUUUCUUCCUCUCCUUCUCCGGACUGAGACACCGUAGAUGGACUCACUCUGCAUUCAGACACUGGCCCAACGUAAUUACUAACCCGACUGAAUUCUUCCAAGGUCAUAGCUGGCCAUCAACUGUCAGGCUUUGAGAAAACAACAACACACCCUCCUACACACCCACACACACUGAACAGAAUUCAGCUAUGCCAACAUUUGUAUACCGAAGGCAAUCAGUUCUUGUAUAUAGAUGGGUCUAAUAAAGGCACACACACACACACACACACACACACACACUGUCACGUUGAGACUGGCCAGGUUAUCGUAUCCUAGCAACAGAGACAGGCAUCGACCGUUCAGUCUUUUCCUGUCCAGCGCCGGAGCAUUGAAGCCAGACCUCCUUCUGCUUUCUCCGGCUGCUGGAGCGGCUUGUCGUCUCUGCUCCGCUUCACACCUCUGUUGUUUCUCAUAUCGCCGUCUCUCUGCUCCAUCACUCGGACCUGACGAGCACUGCAACCACAACACUCUCUGACUGAAUCUUUCUCUUUCACUCAGACAGACACAAUGGAGAGCCUGCAGCUAAAAGGGAGGAGACUUUCAAUGGAGAGAUCCACGCUGCUCUGAAGGGUCCCACAGUAAUUACAAGCAGCAGCAUCUUUGUUUUGCUCUCAGUGGAAAUCACUUUGAGGACAGGUACGGUGCAGCUGGUAUGUUUUAGUUUGACUAAUUACUUAAUCAUCUUGAGAGCUUUGGUAAAGAAUCAAGGUGGCGCCCCGUAUAAUGCACACUCCAGCCUCCAUGGUGAUGGGGAUUGUCUUCGCCCCUUUGGGACUGGUGCUCGUCUUCACUGCCGCCAUCACCCCUCAGUGGAGAGAAGGACAGGCAAGUCUGGGCAUGGCAGUGUCGGGGUCGCUCCUUCGGUCGGGAGUGAAAGGUCAGGGCACAGGGGUCAGGUCUGGGUCGGUGGAGUCGCUGCUCUUACUGCGCUCCGACGGACUUUGGGAGAGCUGCCUCCAGGUGGAGCACUCGGAGCUGAAGCAGUGCUGGCCCGUGGCAGGUCCUUAUCAGAGAGACCCAAGGGUUCGCCUGGCACAAGGUUUGAUCCUGACCUCGUUGUUCCUGUGUGGCACUGGCAUCGUUCUAGCAUGCAUCGGGGUGCGGUGUUGGACAGAUAUACCUCUGAGAGGUGUAGCAGCCACAGGUGGACUCCUGGUGAUGAUUGGUGGGCUGCUGAGCCUGACUGCCCUCGGGGUGUACACACACAACCUUGCAAGACUGGGGUUGGCAGAUCCGAGUCAGGGGAUCAAUAACCCCAGGUUUCCUCAGCUGACCCUGCGUGCAGCUGGCUCGCUCUACUUAGGGUGGCUGGGAUCAUGUUUACAGGUGUUGGGAGGAGGUGCUCUGCUGUUGAGCUUCAAACGACCAAGAUACCCAACCUGCCCUUCCUGCCCUCAUCUGCCUGUCUGCCCUGCAUAUCCUUCAUGUCCAGAGAUCACCAACAAGCCAGACACUGAUGUGUAUGAAGUCAGCUGUUAGAAUGUGACACUUAAAAUCCUUAAAGGAACAGUUCAACCCAAAAUCUUCAAUAUAUUUUCUCUUACCUGUAGUGCCAUUUAUCAGUCUAGAUUGUUGUAGUGUGAGUUGCUAAGUGUUGGAGAUAUCAGCCGUAGGGAUAUCUGCCUUCUCUCCAAUAUAAUUAAAAUCAAUUUCACUUGGUUUGUAGUGCUCAAAGGACCAAAAAAAAAUUAGGGCUGUCAAGAUUAACGCGUUAUUCACGAGUUUUAUGACAUGCGAUUAAUGCAUGUACGCUCUGUAAUUAUGACCCUCGGGCCACCCUGUAGUUUGGGAAAUCAGGAAGUGAUGCAGCAGUAACGUUGUGGAUGGCAAGCAGAAACAAACCUCCGUGAGCUCUUUAUCUUUAUGGAUAAAGAGGUUUUUUUUUAAAUGGCAAGUUCAGCUUCAAAGCUUCAAAUGGUUCUUUCAGCAAGACCAAAGUUAUUUGCAUGUACAGUCGAUGCGAACUAAGUUACUGCAGGAGUACAUUGAGGAGCUUAAAGAAAACAGGCAAUGUUUAGUUAAGCUCUACAAGUGUUAAGUUGGACAGUACAUUGUGUUAGUAUUACUACGUAAUGUUACAUUCAGGUCAAUACGUCCAUCUGUUGAUGCAUGUUGGGCUUGAGUUUGCCAUGGUGGCCCGGUCUCACUAAAGUCGUCGCUUGAGCAGUGACUUGCAGCAUCAGACACGGACUCAAAAACCUGUCCUUUAGCAUCCUUUGCAUCAGAAACUAGCAAAAAAGGCCUCCUUUAUCGUCGACAUGACAAGCGGCUGGUUGCCAUUAUAGUUUAACGGCGCCCGACAAUGUCAAGGGAAAACGCUGCGGGACAAGGAUGAAAGUUCAGGCGGCAAAAGUCCAAGUGUGGCGGGCGGGACAGGUGGUGGAUGGGUCCAACAAACAUCGACUUUCACCCAAGA